GCGGCGGUCUCUGUUGAUCAGCACUAAUGUUAAAGUAAACCGUCGAGAGGAACAGACGCGUUUGGGAUUUACCUCGGCCACUUAACCUAACACUACGUUCAGUCUGUGUAUAUUUGUGAAAUCGAUUAUAAUAUGAGAAGAAACGUUUUCGGGGAUUAAUAAGAAAACAUCACCGGGGUUUUUUCGUGUCUUUAUUUUAUAAAAAAAGGGGAGAAAAUCUCUGAGUUGUGGUUUUGUGUGUGAAGGUAUCGCCUCGGAUUAUACGGUAUACGUACAGUAUAUAACCAUACGGUGUUGCUUGUUUGCUGUGUUCACCUUUCGUACCAGGAUUUAAAAUCACAAAUAUUUCUGAGGAUUUCUUAUAACUUGUGCGAUUUUUAAAUAAAUAUCAGCUGGCAGAAGUGAGACCUGUAUUUUUGGUCCCGCUUGAAAACGAGAAAGAGAAAUUUUACUCUUUCGUGACACGUUGGAAUUUAUUCAAACCUGAUGUGAAACCAUCAACAACUUGGUGCCUGACGCACGACAGUAGGCCUGAAGUUUAAUAAUUUUUGUGGUAUUUCGAUAUUGGAUAUUAUUAGUGGAGUGUUUACAUUGUAGAUGGCGGGUCGACUGUGGCAGACGUGUCUUUUUGUCUACCUAGGGAUCGGGCUGGUGUUAGCUAAUGUAUGUACCAAUAUCGGUCCCCUUGGUAUGAUAACUGGUAACAUCAAAGACUGGCAGAUAACGGCGUCCUCGACGUAUCCUAAGUCAUGGGACAGAAAAUGCGACGUCAAAUAUGCACGUGUUUACCUUCCAAAUAAAUACGGUUGGUGCGCAAAAUACAAAUCCUCGUCCGAGUGGCUUAAAAUCGACCUUGGAGUAGCUGCUCGGGUAACGGGUGUGGUGAUCCAGGGUCGAGGUGACGGCAAGGAGUGGGUGACGACAUUUAAGGUGUCCUACAGUAUGGACGACUAUAACGAGGAGUACGUCACUGACCAAUACGGCAACCAUAGGGUGUUGGAGGGCAACACAGAUGCCUACUCUGUAAAGCACGUGUACCUGGACCGACCAAUCCUCGCUCGAUACGUCAAGUUUCACACAGUGGCCUGGCACAAACAUCCGAGCAUGCGCGUGGAGGUUCAGGGCUGUCAAUUGUGUAAAGAAUAUAUAGGCCUUCCGCCGUACGGCCGGAUCACAGCUUCCUCAUCCGGGAAACAACGCCGGAAGAGCUCGUGUCAGCCAGAAGACGGAACCGUUCUCAGUAACAAGGGCUGGUGCGCGAGGCACAGUAGCACUAACGAGUGGCUACAAGUAGAUGUUGGUCCUCCCACCCUCAUCACUGGUAUCAUUACCAAAGGACGAGCGGACAGUAAGAAACAGCACUGGGUCACUCGGUACAAGAUAUCCUACAGCAACGACACCCUGUUUUGGUACGAGUACAAAGACCCACAGCACACGGAGCCUCGGCUUUUCGGUGGCAACAGCGAUAAAAAUACAGAAAGAGUUCAUUAUAUCAACUCUCCGUUCGUCGCUCGCCACAUCCGUUUCCACCCUCUGGAAUGGCAUGGAAAGAUAAGCAUGCGUGUCGGGUUGUAUGGAUGUCCUCAUACAGGCGGCUGUGGUGAUGCCUUCAUGAGAGUGAACGAGGAUACACCGUGUGUUGAAAACCUGGCAUACAAGAAAGAGGCUUGGAUUAACAGCAAACGUCAUUACAAACGUCAUAUCCGGAACAGGAUCGUUCAUGGGCAUGCGUCGAGGGCUGUCGAUGGUAGGAUAGAUGUGAGUCUUUCUAGCUGCACGAUCCUCGAUAAUCUGUACGGCGACAACCCGAUCUGGACAGUGGACAUAGGCAAAAUUAGCCCUAUCUCCGGUGUAGUGAUUUACACAUGGCAGGAUGGCGUACCCGUACCUGCUGAACCAGCCGCCGUGGAGUCAACUGAAGGUGGUACGCCGUAUAAGGAUGAAAUGAUGAACAACUUGGAUCGGCUUAUCAUUUACGUGGAUGACAAAUCCAAAGGAGAAGAUGACUCGAGUGUUUCUGGAAAUAUGUGCGGAUAUGUGUCCAAAAUCAAUGGAGCGUUAUUCUCUCAGAAAAUCCAUGUACAAUGCGUGCGCCCCCAGGACGGUCGGUACGUGUUGGUAGAGGCGUGGGGUGCCUCCAAUAGUUGGAGCAGACUCUUCAGUGCUGUAUUAUGUGAGGUGAUGGUCUAUGCGUGAUCCGCUUAAUACUCCAACAUAACUACCAAAAAUAAUGUCAUAAACAUGGAAACUGUUCCAUUAGGAAUCAUAUUACCGUGUUUAAACUCAUUGUGAUAUUUCUUUUAACAGAAGAUAAACAUGCUUCUGAUUUCGAGAAAAGACGAAUAUUUAAAAACAAAUACUGCCAGUCAUCUGAAUAGAAGCAACUUUCAGAUAUACACGUGUUUUACAGGCCAACGGAAUAUAUAGCACGGCCAUAUGUUAGAACGGGAGGUUUAUCCAACUUCACGUGCAAAUAUAUUGUCAACUGCAUUAUGGGAAACAUGAAUAUCAGUAUUCGAUGUAUGUUUGCCUUUUAUGCAUUACAUCAAGGGUAUUAUCAACAACAUCGUAACACUUAUUAUGGAUACAAAACAACUGAAACCUGGCGUAUAUAGUUGGCUGCUUAUUUCGAAUGUGACCAUCAACCAUUGCACUUCGCAUGUGCUAGUGUUUUCUGAGAGAUUGUAAUUUAUUCUGUUUGGUUUAUACCGACACGAAAGUGACGAGAACCAAACGCCAUCUAGACAAAGGAUGAUGUUCUUGCUGACAAGGAUCAACCAAGAUGAUGGCGACUUCACGGGCCACGCCUGCUCUGUUCAGCGUGACGGUUCAAUGGACACGCGUCUACCAUACACGGUAGAAGCCAUCGAACCAGACAAUUCACUCGGGAAUAUGACAGUGCGAUACUCACAGUGGGAUAACAUGUACGGAGGAUAGUGAUGUGAAUCGGUGCUAUAUAAAGCGGAUUAUCCUAUAAGUACUAAGACUUGAAAGCAGAGGCACAUUGUACAGGUACUGUACACAGGUGUGCUGAAGCACUGUUACCUGAUGCGUGUCAAGCUGGACUGUACACAGGAGUAUAAUGAGAAACGUCACGAUUGAUGCGUUAUACAGGUGUGUUUUAGAACACAGACACUCCCACUGUUGGUAUCAAAGGAAGGAACUGCAACCCAGUUGAUACAGUGCCUAGAACUACACAAAAUGUUAUUGGACGUUAAUAUGCCACGAUUUCGAAGUCAACUCACGUGGAAGUUGCGUUAGGGUCCGUGCUAUUAUGUAUCUAAUACUUAUUCCUCUGUAGUGUAAACUGUUCAGCAUAUAGUCAGUUGUGUACGCCGUAUAUCGGUAUAUCACAUAGGUCACGUGUGUUAUUCGUCAUCAUAUGUGUGCAUGCGCAGAACUAACGGAUAUAGGGAGAGCAGAUUGUGAUGACCAACUCAUUUAAAACCGUAUUAUCAACCGAAUGUAUUAUAUACAAUAUCGCAUUGUCGUAAUAUUAAGGGAUAUGAGGUGUAUGAUAACAUUUUCUAUAACGUUUUCUGUCAAAAGUAUAACAUAAAUGCAUUUUUUAUUAUUCAUCGUUAUCGAAUCUCGAAUGUCUUAUUUUUUCUACGAUAGUUUCCCGUGCUUCUGGAGCAGAACAUGACGGCACUGUAUGUAAGUCUUAUCAUCAUCAGUGCAUACCCUAUUGUACCCAAUACCUGUCAGCGAAUAUCUCGUGUAACCAGGGUAUGUACUAACAUAUACACAGCAUAAUAACACGUGAUCGGUCACGUGUCAAUCGACCUAUACGACAAGUUGUAUCGAUUUCAUCAGCGCUAUAUAUAUAAUAAUAAUAAAGUAUAUUGAACGAGAAACCCGAUACGAUAUCGACGGGACAUCGCUAUGUGACAUAUGAAAACGGUGCACGAUUUAAUUGUGCAUUAUUAAUUAGAAAUUGUUAGGACUAACACAUUUGGAAGAUACUACCCGACAGCCUUGUGCGUUGUAUACAACUGUAUGGGGUAUCCAUACAUACGGGAACUUCUGUCCCGUCACAUGAAUGGUUGAUUAGAAUGAAAGUAUAUUAACUUACUUUUGAAAGGAAUUUCUCUGAAUAUUCAAGCCACUGCCAAAAAAACAACACUGACGUUGCACUGAAACAUUACCUCCAGUGAAUGGGUAAAAAUGAAAUGCUUGUACGUUCAGAGAAGUCUUUUUUGAAUAUGUGCGAGUGAUAUUCAAAAUUAAUUUGGUAUUUCUUCUACGAAAAUUGAUAUGUAUAUAACUGAGAAUGUGGUCUUUGAUACUAGUGUCUAGUGUAUGGACUGAAUAUUGUUGUACGGUUACCGUAGUAAUGCUUGUAAAUAGGUUAUUGUUAUCGAUAUUAUUUAUAUUUAUUCAUAUCGUCAUUGCGCAUGUCUGAGUGCUCGAGUGUUAGGUUCCGGUUAUCGCUACACAAAUGUUCUAGUUCGGUGCUUGACGUAAAAAAUAUAAUAUCAAAGCUGAUUAAAGUUUAAUUUGAUAUUUUUGAAUCGGUCAGUAUCAUUAUAUUUUCCAAAGAUAUCAAAAUAAAAUUUAGUUGUCUUUUAAAAAAUAUAAAGUUGACCUAAUCCAACCGACGGUCUCUAUUAAAAGCUAAAACUGAAGCAUUUGUGUGGCAAUACCCUGCAGAUAAAUGUGGAUGAAAAGUUUUGUUUUUGUAAAUUUCGUAUUAUAUCACAAGAAUAGUCCGAUGAUGAGUUUGAUUACAAA